AUGGCUGAGAAACCAUCAUAUCUCACCACCAAGAGUGGAAAAUAUGCCCUUGGCGCCAAUCGUGGACCUCUACCCCAAGAGGAUGGAGAUGAAUCCCAGAUGGCACAUGUGGAACUGGCAGACAGUAGCUCGCUGAAGAGCAGAGGAAAAAUUCGUCGACACUGGACUCGGUUUUGGUGCUGUUAUUUAGUCACUGCCAUUAUUUUCCUGGCGAUAUUUCUCCCACUGUUUUUCACCGUCAUCAUCCAAGCGAUUUCCCAACGAGUGAUCGACAAUGCAUCUCUCGUCCUAGUGGAAGCUAAGAUCAUGCAACCGCGGCCAGAGUCUGUUUUGCUCAGCAUCCAAACCGCACUCAAGCUUCCUGUGAACGUCCCUGUACGUCUGGACCCCAACGUGCUCCACCUAUUCAAUCAGGAUCAGCCGGGGAAUAGCACAUAUUUGAAGGUAUACAAUGAUGCUAUCGAAAUCAAGGGGAACACGAGUAUUGGGGUUCAGAAUCAGCCAAGUCCAGUGAAUCCCGAGCCAUGGAAGCAUUACGUUCGCAGUGUAGUGUUCAAGCCACAUGCGCCGUUGUCUGCGUUUGGAACUACUAAUAUAUACUUGGGCAAGCUGAAGAGUCAUAUUUCCUUGAAGAAGGAUCUCCCUCAAAACACUCUCAAUUCAUUCGCAGGAUUUUCGAUCGACCACCCGAAAAUGCUUUUCCCACCGCGAGAUGACGGGGUGAAUCUGGUUGCAAACGCGAUACUGCCAAAUCCAUCGGUCAUGACCAUAGAGAUUGGCACCAUCACCAUGGACUUGAAAAGCAAUGACCUCAUAGUAGGGAAUGCUACUAUCAACAACUUGACGCUGCGACCCGGAAACCACUCGACGCCACUCGAGGGGGUGGUAGAUAUGCACACAAUCAUGGAGAAUCUUCUGCCUCUUGUGCAGGCGCAAGGAAGUUCUUUACGGAAUGGGUAUCUCAGCCUCGAUGCGGUCACACGAGAAGUGGAAUACGAUGGCGUCGUGAUCCCAUAUUAUACCGAAGCCAUGCGUGAUUUGGUCCUGUCGGCCAAGGUGCCAGUCAAUGAUCUGUUGAUCAACUCUUGCGAUGAAACCCGACCCCGCUGUGGAAAAUGCACCGAACGGGACUUGCCUUGUAGCUACUCCUCCCCUGAGUGCUCCUACAUUGUGGCCAAAGCGCCCGGAAAAGGGAGGCCGAGCCCGGCUGCAUCCUUGAGCGAUGGUCGGUCUGCCGAAGUCACAGGCCGAUCCGAUCUAGCCAGCGCCGAACUGCACAAUCUCGAGCUCAUGGUGCAAUGGUGCAACCACACACAUCAGACUCUCUCCCGGAAUGACUCGGUCUCAUGGAUAUGGCGAUCGGCCAUUCCGCGUAAAGCUGCCCACCAUCCAUUUCUAAUGCACGGCAUUCUCGCCUUGUCAGCGCUACACUCCGCCUUCUCCAGUACAUAUUCCGAACGGACGAGAUAUCUACGGUUGGCGCAGACUCACCAUUCCCAGGCGAUUGAAGGCUUAUCCCAACUCGAACGUCUCAAUGAAUCCAAUGCGGACGCUGCUUAUGUACUCUCGAAUAUUAUCAUUAUCUUCACCGUGGCUCUUCCCCUUUGUACGCAGCCGAGCAGUGCUGGUGAUCCCAUCAAAGAGUUCCUUGAAAUCACUCACAUCUGCAAAAGCUCGAUGAAAGUGUUGAUGGAGGUUCAUCAUUGGGUACAGGCUGGGGAUCUAGCGGCCCUCAUUACCAUGCCAGAGCCUUUGGAUUCAGCUGCCACCCACCGUGGGAAAUUCGUUGAGCAGAUCAUUGCGCCUCUGGAGUAUCUCGGUCAGUCUCAUUCUCACCAUGGUGCAGACCCACAUUCGAGCAUGUACAGUGAGGCAGUUCAAGCGCUUCGGCUGUCUUUUGAGAGUAUGGAGAUUCACCCAAGUAUCAGCGUUAUUACUGCCGCUUUUCAGUUCAUCUUUAGAGUUCCGCAUGGUAUUCUCAGCUUGAUUGAAAAGCGUGAACCAUUUGCAUUGGUAAUUCUGGCGAGCUAUGGGGUGAUCAUGCAUUAUCUGCGCGCACACUGGUGGAUGGGCGACUGGGGACAUAGACUAGUGCGCAAGAUUCAAUCUCUUGUUGAUGGGCACUGGCGGUCGGAGAUUCUACGAAUAGAGAGUCUGAUGAACUGUGCAUCGUGA